AUGGCCACCACCUCCACGGUGAUUGUUGGCCGCCUUGGGGAGGAGGAGUUGGCGGCUGUUGGCCUGGCAGUGAGCCUGGCGAACGUGUCGGGAUACAGCAUCCUGGUGGGGAUCGCAACGACGCUGCAGACGACCACUGGCCAAGCCUUCGGAGCCCGGAACUUCGAGGAGGUCUCCCUGAGCUUGCAGCGGUGCUUUCUGCUCUGCCUGGUCAUGCUGGGCCUCAUCACUGCGCUGUGGCUGUGUAGUGAGCCCCUCCUGCUGGCGGUGGGGCAGGAGAAAGCGGUGGCGGCCCUGGCCGCCAGAUACUUGAGAUAUCUCUUGCCAGGUGUGUGCUGCUACCUCGUCACGCAAUGCUGUCAGAACUGGCUGGCGGCCCAGCGCAUGACGGGCGUGCAGGCAACGGGUGGGCUUCUCCUGGCCGCCGUGUACCUUCCCCUCUGCUGGACGCUGGUCCAUCCUUUGAAGCUAGGAUUCAUCGGCGCGGCCAUCGCCACGUCCCUGAGCAACGGCGCCUUGGCGCUGUGGAUGAUCUUCCGGACCACCGGCUCCCUGCGCACGGCCCUGCCGAACUCCUGGCAAGGCUUCUCAAGGUCCGCUUUCUCUGCAUGGUCGCCUUUCCUGAAGCUGGCCGUUCCCAACUUCCUGAUGAUCUCGGAAUGGUGGGCCUCUGAAAUCAUCGUUUUGAUGUCGGGCACCUUGCCCGAUGCAGAGGUGAGCCUCACUGCCAUGGCGAUCUUUUCCAACACCUGCGCGGUCUGUUUCAUGCCGCCCCUCAGCUGGGGCAUGGCAGCGAACACCCGAGUCAGCAACGAGUUGGGCGCGGGAAAGCCCCGCGCCGCCAAGUUCGCCGCGCAGGUGCUGGACUACGCCGAUCCAAUCAUGUCGAUCUGCGCAAUCUACGUCGCCCUGGACGGCAUGUGCACUGUCGCUUCUGGAUCGCUCAAAGGAUGUGGCCGACAGCUGAUCCUGGCACCCAUCGUCAUUUUCGCCUACUACGUGGCUGGCAUUCCCAGCGCAUGGGCCCUGGCCUGGCCAGGACAUCUCAGCACGCGUGGCCUGGCCAUGGGUUCGACGAUCGGAACUGCAACGCACUGCUUGCUCUUUGCGGCGAUGCUCUGGAGGACCGACUGGCCCCAGAUGUCCCGGUUGGCCCGGCAGCGCGCGCUGGCGAAGCCCCUGAUCCAGAUGGACGAUCGAGCCUUGGUCACAAAAGGCCUUCGGGUUUAG